UGGCGUCCACGUCCAUUAUAAUUUGUAGAAAGCCUUGUUUUUGCUGAAGUUAUGUCUGGAGACUCAUCUGACAGCAGCGAUGACUCUGAUGGGAAAACCUACGAGAAGGCCUGCACUGUCAAACAUGAAAUCACCAAUGCUAACCUCACAGGUCACACUGAAAGAGUUGGCAUGGAGAACUUUGAGUUGCUGAAGGUUUUGGGCACUGGAGCUUAUGGAAAGGUGUUUUUGGUCCGGAAGAACAGCGGUCAUGAUGCGGGACAGCUUUAUGCCAUGAAGGUAUUAAAGAAAGCAGCCAUCAUUCAGAAAGCAAAGACGACAGAACACACUCGCACCGAGAGGCAGGUGUUGGAGCACAUUCGCCAGUCUCCCUUCCUGGUCACGCUUCACUACGCCUUCCAAACUCAGAGCAAGCUGCAUCUCAUCCUGGACUAUGUGAGUGGUGGCGAGAUGUUUACUCAUUUGUACCAGCGGGAUCACUUUUCUGAGGAGGCGGUUCGGAUCUAUAUCGGGGAGAUAAUUCUUGCUCUGGAGCACCUGCACAAGCUGGGGAUUGUGUACCGAGACAUCAAGCUGGAAAACAUCCUUCUGGACAGCGAGGGUCAUGUGAUGUUGACAGACUUUGGGCUCAGCAAAGAGUUCUUGGAAGAAGACAAAGGAAGAACCUACUCUUUCUGUGGCACCAUUGAGUACAUGGCUCCUGAAAUCAUCAGAGGGAAGUCUGGGCAUGGAAAGUCUGUAGACUGGUGGAGCCUUGGGAUCCUGAUGUUUGAGCUGCUGACAGGAGCGUCUCCUUUUACUUUGGAGGGAGAAAGGAACUCACAGAGUGAGGUGUCGAAGCGUAUUUUACGCUGCGACCCACAGUUCCCCUCUAUGAUCGGACAUGUUGCUGAGGACCUGCUGAAGAAGUUACUGGUGAAAGACCCUCACAGGAGGCUGGGCUCUGGGCCCAGAGGGGCCGAGGACAUCAAGGCUCAUGCUUUCUUUAAGGGUCUGAACUGGGCCGACCUAGCACAGAAGAAAGUGCAGAGUCCUUUUAAGCCGGAGCUGAAAAAUGAACUUGAUGUGGGCAACUUUUCUGAGGAAUUCACUGGAAUGGAACCAGUCUACUCCCCGGCGAGCACGCCUCCAAGCACAGACCGCCUGUUCCAGGGCUAUUCCUUUAUUGCUCCUUCCAUUUUGUUCAAUAAGAACGCCGUCAUGGGAGACUUUGUAGAGUCUCAAGUUGGAGCCGACAGACCUGCCUCUGCUUCUGUCCGGCACAGUGCGAUGGUAAAGGAAUCCCAGUUUUUCCUGCACUAUGAACUGGAUUUCCAGAGCCCGCCUCUUGGUGAGGGGAGUUUUUCGGUGUGCAGGAAAUGCAGACACAAACAAAGUGGCCACGAGUACGCUGUGAAAAUCGUCAGCCGCAGAAUGGAGGCAAAUACUCAGAGAGAGAUUGCUGCCUUGAGGCAGUGUGAAGCUCACCCCAACAUCGUGAAGCUGUAUGACGUCUACACUGAUCAGUACCACACAUAUUUAGUGAUGGAGCUUCUGCGAGGUGGGGAGUUACUGGAGAGGAUCAAGAAGAAGAAGCUGUUUGACGAGGCGGAGGCCAGUCAGCUGCUCCAGAGCUUGGUCUCAGCUGUCAGCUACAUGCACGAGGCUGGAGUUGUGCACAGAGAUCUUAAACCUGAGAAUGUGCUGUUUACAGACGAGGGGGAGCGCUCGGUGCUGAAAGUAAUAGACUUUGGAUUUGCCCGCCUGUGCCCUGCAGGCAGCGCCCCCCUGCAGACUCCCUGCUUCACACUGCAGUACGCAGCACCGGAGCUGUUUGAGAGCGCAGGCUACGACAAAUCCUGCGACCUCUGGAGUCUCGGGGUCAUCCUGUACACCAUGCUGUCAGGACAGGUGCCGUUUCAGAGCGAGCAGCGUGGGGUGACCUCGUCGUACGCUGCCGACAUCAUGCACAAGAUAAAGGAGGGGGACUUCUCACUGGACGGAGACGCCUGGAAGGGUGUUUCAGAAGACGCAAAAGAGCUUGUUAAAGGUCUGCUGACCGUGGAUCCAGAGAGUCGUCUCAAACUCUCAGAUUUGAAGGAGAACAGCUGGUUGCAAGGCGAGGCCUCCAUGUCCACCACUCCUUUAUGCACUCCAGACGUGUUAGAGUCCAGCGGGCCCACAGUCCGCACCUAUGUCAAUGCAACAUACAAGGCUUUCAACCGCGGCAAGAGAGAGGGCUUCUUUUUGAAAAGCGUCGACAACGCGCCGCUCGCAAAACGCCGCAAGCUAAAGAUGACUAGCACGGGCGUAGAGACCCGAUGGAGUUCAUCCUCUUCCUCCUCCUCUUCUUCCACAUCCUCCUCGGCUUCUGCGACGGCAUCCAAAGAGCAGCGGAAGCAAACUACGACCCCGAAGCAAAGCAAGCUAAAAUGACACGACGAGCAAAGCUGAAGUGCUGUGGGAUGUUCUCAUCCUGGCAACUUGUUGUCCUCCAGUGGUCAGUACACAAAACGCAACACAACACUGACCCAACACCGGUGCAGGUAAACCCAAAGUUUUCAAAGCAAAAAAUGAAUUUUCUCGUGACGGUCUCCACAUUUUGACAUUUCUCCUAAAACCAAACCUGCUUUUUCUUGAAAGGAGAAGAUGCGCACGUGAGAAGAUUGUAAUUCCUAAUCUGUAUUUGUUCAGCACAAUUUAGUUUUAAAUCACUGCGGCUACUAAACAGUGCCUGGUUAUUUAGGGAGGAAAAGGGAAAAACGGAGCCUUUUAACAAGCAGAAGCCAUAAAAGCUGCAGAAGCAGUGAACGUCUAAACGAGAAGGUGCACAGAUUUGUGCCCAGUUUGAGUCAUUUUAAAGCAAACCUGAAGCGGCAGAAUCAUGUUGGAGCGCUGCUCAGUGCAGCAGGUGGUUAAAUCUGAGGGCAGAGCUGUUUGCACUGCCAGGAGGGACUGCUCUGGAUAAAUAGUGCUGUGUUGGAGGCUGCAGGGUUA